AUGUCCCUCCUCACCCACCUGUUGGCUUGUCUCUUCGGGAUGGGCUCCUGGGUCUCCAUCAAUGGCCUGUGGGUGGAGCUGCCACUGAUUGUCCCCCAGAUCCCAGAGGGCUGGUUACUACCUUCAUACCUGUCUGUUAUCAUCCAGAUGGCCAACAUCGGGCCCCUCUUUGUCACUCUGAUGCAUCGUUUUCGUCCCGGCGUCCUGAACGAAACCGCUGUCAUAUAUUUGAUCAUCGGACUAGGAACUGUGGCAAGCUUCCUGCUUGCAUUCUUCUGGAAGGAGACCCUUGUUGUAGACGGCGUUCCUCACAGUGUAGCCCUCCUCGUGUUGACUUUCUUUCUCUCUGCUGUUGACUGCACUUCCUCCGUCACCUUCCUGCCUUUUACUAUGCGAUUAAAGCCCCAGUAUCUGACCACGUACUACAUCGGGGAGGGAGUGAGUGGCCUCCUGCCUGCUCUGGUGGCGCUGAUUCAGGGCGUCGGGGUCGUUCACUGCAUAAACAACACACAGUCUCUAAAUCACUCCCUGAAUACUUCCAGUAGUGAUCUAAGUUUUGAGCUCAGGGCUGAGUACCAGCCAGCAAACUUCUCCGUAGAGGUGUUUUUCUUCUUCCUCAGUGCCAUGAUGCUUGUGUGCCUGGUGGCGUUCUUGCUGCUAAAUUACCACCCGUCUGUGGCCAGGGAGUACCCAAACAGUCGCUACACCAAUGGGGUCAAAGAAAAAUCUGACACGAAAAAGCAGUGGGCUGAGCAGAAGCCGAUGAUGGAUCCCUAUGGACCUGCAAACCCAAAGCGCAAAAGCAGCUUCGGCACUGGCUCGUACAGCUGGAUGCAGGUGGUUUAUAUUUUUGUGAUUCUAGCCUGGGUGUGCGCUCUGAGCAACACGGUGCUCCCCUCGGUGCAGUCCUACUCCUGUCUGCCGUAUGGGAACAAGGCCUUCCACCUAUCAGCCACCAUGGCUGCAGUGUCAAACCCUCUGGCCUGCUUCAUCGCCAUGUUCUUCCCUAUAAGGUCUUUGGUGCUGAUGGGAGCUCUCACUGUGAUCGGCAGUGGAGUUGGAGCUUAUAUAAUGAGCAUGGCUGUGAUGAGUCCAUGCCCACUGCUGGUUAAUGAAUCUUCCGGUGGGGUCAUCAUGGUGUUGGCCUGGAUCCUCUUCAUCCUCUCUCUGUCCUACGUAAAGGUGAUCAUUGGUAUAAUUCUGAGAGAUGAGGGCCACAGCGCCCUUGUGUGGUGUGGAGCUGUAGUGCAGCUGGGCUCUCUGCUGGGAGCUGUGACCAUGUUUCCACUGGUCAGCGUCUACAGCUUCUUUUCAUCAGGAGACCCGUGCAACACAAAAUGCCCUUAA